UGUAGGGGUCAACAUGCUAUGCAUUUAAUACAAUCCGGCUGCCAGUACGCUGCUGGCGGUGCCACACGGCAGUUGUUUCCCUCGGCUGACGUUAUCCGUCCUCACGAUGUCGGUGAUAAUGUGGUCGGUGCAGCCGUGUCGAGCGCGUGCCUCUGAUCCUUAUGGCAGAUCGAUCAUGUAGGCUAGAUCAAUCGCAUGUGCACAGAGGGAAGUUUACCUCCAGUGACCUGAGGGUAGAGGCGGAUAAUUGCACGGCUGUACACGUUGUACGGGUUAGUGGCAGCUGGCAGAAUGACUGUGCACCCCUGUCUGUUCAUAAUAACACCACUAAUCUAAUCAAAGCACUGCUGAGGUCUGACCUGAGGGCUCCUUUAUCAACCUGGUUUAGGAACAUUUGUCUAAAGUUAGGUAUGUGCAGAAUUGUACAACUUUAAAGACAUGAUACUGUGAGGCCGUUGCAUGAGGCAGCCUGGAUGAACAUGAUGGAGGAGGCUGCCAGUCAGCUCGAGAGAGAUCAUGUGCACAGUGUCUAUGACAAGAUUGCUCCAUAUUUCAACGACAGCCGCUAUAAAGCCUGGCCGAAGGUACGACAGUUCCUGCUGGACUUGCAGCCGGGGAGCCUCGUCGCUGACAUUGGCUGUGGCAAUGGCAAGUAUCUCCACAUCAACAAGGAGGUGUUCAAGCUGGGGUGCGAUGUUUGUCGCCCCCUGGUGGACUUUGCCUGGAGCCAAGGACACGAGGUCCAGAUGUGCGACGGGCUGCAUUUGCCUUACAGAGACGGCUGCUUCGACGCUGUGCUCUCUAUUGCAGUCAUCCAUCAUUUGUCCACCAAAGAGCGUCGCAUUCGAGCAGUAAAGGAGAUGGCUCGCACCCUGCGAGUGGGUGGACGCAUCAUGAUCUACGUGUGGGCCAUGGAGCAGAAACGUCGGAAAUUUGAGAAACAGGACAUCUUCGUUCCCUGGAACCCCAACCCUCAUUCCCCCUCCGGCUUCAACAGGGAGCACGCCAAACCCAGACGGAGGGCCGCAGCUCUGAGCGUGAGCGAAGCCAUAGACAACACUGACAAGCACAGGAAGGUUAGAAGCACAUCCUCCGUGGCAGACGAAGAAGAUCUGACCUGCGCCAUGCCACAGCAGAGGACACAGAGACUGUGGUUCUUCUCCAGGUCUCUGGAUUCUGUGUUCGACUUUGGAAGCUUAGCCAUCUCCCGGUCGUCCUCCAGAGACCUGAGCACUUUAUCUUCACCCACAGGUGAAAACGAGGGGAACAAGGCCAGCCAGCGUGGGAGAGGACGGGGCCUCAUCAAGCAGGUCUCGAGCUUCUUUUCCCCGCCGUCUGUGAUUGGAUCAGAGGAGGACGUCUUUGACUCGGUCACAGACCUGCACAAGGGACAAAAUGAUCCUGGAGGCAACAACAACGGCACAGAAAACCAGAGUGUCUCAGUAUCUUUAGCCCAGGAGUGUGGCUCUUUGGCCCUGCCAGAUCUGGUCCCUUUCCAGAAGGAGCACCUGAAGCAGUCUGGAGAUGAAAGUGAAGGAGGGCCGCAAGGAAAAGAGCAGCAGGAAAGCACAAGCAGUCCUCAGGGGAGCGAGGGGCAUGUGGAGGGCUCCUGCCUGAGGUACUAUCACGUCUUCAGGGAGGGAGAACUGGCAGAGCUGAUAGAGAAUCAUGUUGAAGAGCUUCAUGUCAAACACACUUACUUUGAUCAUGCCAACUGGUGUGUGGUGGCGGAGAAAGUUCAGUUAUGGAGAAUAUGAUUUUAACUUUAUUUUAUUUAUUUUAUCACCUCUGCCUCAAGUUUUAGCACUGAAUCACACAUUUGAUGAUUUAUGAAAUUCGUGCAACUGAAAAUAUACAGAUGUAGCCAUUGUUGAAGGUACACUAAACACUAAACUGUUCUCUACUUAACAGUUUGGAAAUUACAUUUUUUUUAUUCCCUUUUUAAGUUUGUGGUGGUCUUGGAACCAGCUGUGUGACAGACCCAUCCAUAUCUAGCAUUAACUACUAUUUUAGAUGGUUACACUGUAAUGGUUUUGCAACAGCAGUGGAGGAUGCACAGAGGAUGGCGGGAUUCAACAAUGGCUAUCACUGUAUACUGUACCACGUUUUUAAAGUAUUUAUUCUAUUUGAAUACAUGAAACCAACAAGCAGUAUCCAGAUUUCCAUUUUGUGUUCUCUUUUAGUGUCAAGAAUUUUAUUAUCAAACCACCGCGAGCUCCAGUGCUGCUAAUGAUUUUUUAACUCUUUUAAAAGAGCUUUACUGCAGGGGAAAUGUUAAGAAAUGCACUGUUUUUCUCUUUGGACUUUUAAUAUUAGCCAAAGACGAAUUUGUGAGACUACAGUAUACUCUUCCAUCUGCUCUUAAAUGUUUUAAUGCAUUGAUUACUUUAUUCUUUGUGUCUGCCUGUUUUAUAAUUGCACAUUUCUUAACUCCAAAUAUGAGGAGCUAAGCUUGCAGCAAGUCUCUGUUAUGGACUUCUUGGUGGGACUUUCUGUAAACUGCUCAUAUGUAAUCUAUCAUAACACUAUAAUAAGAAGAGCUCAAAGUUGUGCAGAAUAUCUUCCAAAACAUUUGUGCAUUUGCUUGCUGUGUUUUGUUGUUUGUUUCAAAAAACAUGUUACCAGUGUGUGUGUGUGUGUGUUUGUGCUUGAUGUUUGUAAUAGUUGUAUACUGUCUUGUGUUGAAGUAACAAACUGAGCUAUUCAACUGUGUUUCAGCAAAUCAACUGCCUCAUAUAUUGUGAAUAAACAUUGCACUGUACCACAUAUGUCGCUGCUUGAUGUCAGUGAAUGACACAAAAUAAGUGAAACUUGAAACAUACUGGUUAUCUGUACAGCUUGUGCCAAGGAUGGCGCAUAUCCUUAUCAGUACAGUAUGUGUGGACCAACAGUUUGUUCUGAAGUGACACUGGUACCUUAAUGUCUUAUGUGAUCUGAUGUAAAUACUUUUGAGUUUCAAUUUGUUUUCCCUAUUAAAUAUUUUUGUUCAUGA